AGUGUUAACCCGGCUCCUGUGACCAGGCCUCUGGUCAUCCCCCUCAUACAGAAGAACAGGUGGUCCCUGCAAAGCAAGACCAAAGACGACUCUGAAAAUGGCGGCCGGCGGCCGGAGGAGGACGCUGUUCUCUCACAAGCUGUGCAAGAGCUGAUUGCAGGUACAGACAUGGGGGCUUCCCCUUCUGAAUCCCAAAAGUCGGAGCAGAAUGAUUCCGGGGAUCAGAUGCUGAGCAUCCCUUUACUCAUGCAGAACAAAGUCCCUACCGGGUAUGAAGAUGGAGACAAAGUGAAUGUGGACCUGAGGCCGGAAUCUGCCGAGGCUGCGGACUAUGAAGUGGUUCCUGUUGAACAUUAUGGGAUGGCCAUGCUUCGAGGAAUGGGCUGGAAAGAGGGAGAAGGCAUUGGAAAGACGUUUAAACAAGACAUUAAGCCACUGGAACAGAAGUUGCGCCCCAAGGGUCUGGGAUUAGGCGCUGACCGCUCUGCUGUACAGGAUCUGGAGCCCCAGAAACCCCGUAAGCCCUUGAAGCCUGGCGAGCAGGCUGAAGAAGAAUCCAAAGGCUUGGGCCCUGGAAGUGCAGUGCUAAUACAGAAUGGAACCCACAAGGACCUCUACGGCAAGGUAGAGGGCAUUGACGCGGACAAUUGCCGAGCGAUGAUAAAGCUGGCGAUUGGUGGAAAAGUGGUGAACGUGUCCCAGUUUGCGUUAAAGUUGGUCAGCAGCGCGGAAUACACCAAAUACGCCAAAGAUCUGAGCCGGUUAAGUAAAGCUGAGAAGAAGAGGGAAGAGAGGGAAGCCAAGGAGGAGACGCCCAAAGAGCGCUCUCUGGACAGAGAGAAGAGUAGAAGGGACGAAACGCGGGAGGAGAAGCCCAAAGAGCGUUCUCUGGACAGAGAGAAGAGUAGAAGGGACGAAACGCGGGAGGAGAAGCCCAAAGAGCGUUCUCUGGACAGAGAGAAGAGUAGAAGGGACAGCUGGUUACAUCGGGACCUGCGAGUUCGGUUCAUUGACAGACACUAUAAAGGAGGAAAAUACUACAAUUCCAAGAUGCUGGUGGAAGAUGUCUUGAGCCCUACAUUGUGUGUGUGUCGGACAGAAAGCGGACGGAUCCUAGAAGAUAUAACACAGGACAUGCUGGAAACGGUCAUACCAAAAGAAGAGGGAGGCCUUGUCAUGGUGGUACUGGGCAAACAUCGGGGGCAGGUGGGGAGAAUCCUGCACAGGGAGCGGCAGAAGAGCAGAGCUCUGGUACAGUUACAGGGGGACCAUGAUGGAGCGGCUACCCUCAGCUAUGAUGUCAUCUGUCACUACACCGGAGAAUACGAGGAUUGA